UGGGCCACAUCAAUACAUCGAGGGCCGUAAAAUCACAGUUUUAGCGCAGGGCAAAUCCAACCGGAAUAGCUGAUUUUUCAGCAGCGCUUCCGCUUCAGCCUUCGUGCAAAGUAAAAACGUCUCUUCCCUUAAUCCCUUCACGACGUUGGAUAUUUUUAGGGAGUGAUCUGCAACGAGUAAGCUUUUGCUGCUCUCUCUACGCGAUAAUGGCCGAUGGCAAAAUAGAGUGUUUACAUAGCUAGCUAACGAAGGAAGUCCUUCUGGAGAAAUUCCCGAGCUCUCUCGGUAAACCAUGUGGGCGGCGAGGAACAUUCAAAGGCGCUGCGUUAAGGCCCUCCCUUCUCUUCUCCUAAAUGACAACAAGAACAAUGUGCUUUCGAGAGGUACUUCUUCUAAAUUGCUGACUAGCUGCAACGAGGUUCAAUCGAGAUUAGCGGGCGACAAAAGAUUCUUCUUUUCUUCGUGGGUGUUGAAUUACUUUAAUGGGAGUAGAUCAAUGUCGACAGCAAGAGGAAGGAGUAUGCGGAGCAAGGUGGAGAAGAGAAUGAGAUUAGAAACUGGCAAAACCCUGAGGGAGAAGAGGCGAGCUCAGAAGUUGAGGAAAAAGUUGAUGACGGACGAAGAGAGGCUUAUUUACAACCUUAGAAGAGCCAAAAAGAAAGUUUCUUUACUUUUGCAAAAACUCAAAAAGUACGAGUUACCAGAGCUACCACCGCCUAGGCAUGACCCUGAGCUACUGACAUCCGAGCAGCUUCAAGCAUAUAAAAAAAUUGGCUUCAGAAACAAAAACUAUGUUCCUGUUGGUGUCCGUGGAGUGUUUGGAGGUGUUGUGCAAAACAUGCAUCUCCAUUGGAAGUUUCAUGAAACUGUGCAAGUUUGUUGUGAUAACUUUCCCAAGGAAAAAAUCAAAGAGAUGGCAACCAUGCUUGCUAGAUUGAGUGGUGGUAUUGUGGUUAACAUACAUAAUGUGAAAACUAUUAUUAUGUUCCGUGGCAGAAAUUAUCGACAGCCAAAGAAUCUGAUACCCAUCAAUACACUUACAAAAAGGAAGGCAUUAUUCAAGGCCAGGUUUGAACAGGCACUUGAUUCUCAAAAACUGAACAUAAAGAAAAUUGAGCAACAGCUCAGGCGUAUGGGUGUAAACCCCGAGGAUCCUGUCGCCAUGGCAAGCAUCCAGAGAGUAGCUUCAACAUUCUUCAAUGCAAUUGACAAGAGGGAAGGAAGUCCAUAUGUCUUCCAUGGGAACAAACAACCAAUAAUUGAGUCCGACACUAGGGAGGACCAUGCUUCCGAGGACAGUGACCAGGAAGAACUUGACAGAUUUAUAGCUGAAAUUGAGGAUGCAGCAAGUCAGGAAUGGGAAGCAGAAGAAGCUGCAGAGAAAGAAGAAUUAGGUAAAAUGAGAUAUUGGAGCAAAGAAGAUUUGGGUAGGAGAACCAGAAGGUCUCUUUCACCAAGUAGUGGAGAUUCAGAAGAUGAGAUGCAAACAGAGGGGAGGCAUUGGAAGGAAACUCGUGAUAGAAGAAUGAAUAGUAAUAUACAUAGAUGGGAUAGUGAUGAAGACGUGGUUGUUAGGGCAUCUGGUGAUGAGUGUGAUUCUGAUGGUACGGAAGAUGACAGUGAUGUGGAUGAAACAGAUGAUGAAUUCAUAUCAAAAGUAGUAAACAGGAAAGGGAAUGGGAAUGACAGAGAGAAGAAUAAUGGAGCCUUAAAGGAAAGAUAUGGGGCCGGUGUAAGAGGAAAAAACAAUGAAUACUAGGAUAUAUCUAUGAAAUCGGAAGAUGAGUUGUGGGGAUUAGAUCAUGAUGAAAGGCACAACUCAGGAGCAUCACAAGAAGAUACUUCUGAUUACUGGAGCAGCAGUGAAGCUUGUGAAUUGAAGAAGGAUAGGAUGAACUGGAUAAAUGAUAAAAGAAUCAAGACACCAAGGGAUGUUGAUGAGACUUGGGAUAGUGAUUAACUUGGAAAGGCAGGAAUUUAGUGAUCCCUUUUGAAUUAAUCCAACAGUGGUCUUGUCUGUGCAUCAUAGCAGGUUUUGAGGAAAGAUUCUGUGGUGACCAAAAAAUGGAAAACGUAGCCCUCAGGAAAGAAGACUAGAGGAUGUCAUUUGCUUGGUGAGAUUUUUGUGGAUAAUCAAUCCAAAAUUGUUCUCUGGGAAAAAGGUAACCGUGAAUACGUUCAUUAAUCUAUUUAUACAAGCAUAAUGGGUUUAUCUCUC